CCUCGAAAGACUCCGGUCCGUUUCAAAUAGCGCCAUCAUCCCCUGUCUAAGUCGAAAUCUAAACCUGCUGCGUCGACUCUUCGUGCCAACCAUCUCCUGGCCGCGAUUCUCUCCUCGGAUAAUCUUUUAACGAUGCGUCCUUGUACGCCGUGCGAGUCCAAAGGCCUUAGUUCGUGCGAGGUUUCGAAAAGCGAUUCUUCUCGAUGCGCAGAGUGCGUUCGCAACAAGCGUUCGAAUUGUGACGUUCUUGGCGUUUCUCCUGCUCAGCUUCGGUCUAUUGCGGCUCAGCAUCAAAAACUUGAGGAUGAGCUUAUGGCUGCUGAGGAGCGGGUCCUUCGUCUCCGGAAACAGAAGCGAAUGUGGUUUGAGAAGAUGAUGAGGGCUAUCGCUCGGGGUAUCGACAGUGUGGAGGAGUUGGAGCGAGUGGAACGUGAGGAGGCUGCGGCGGCGGUGGCAGCGGAAGCUUCUGGGGUUACUGCGUCUUCUUCGACCCCAUCUCGCCUGUCCGCCGAUUUCGGACAGCUUUGGGAUGCCGUGUAUCCUGAAGUUCCUUUGGAUCCGUCCUUGCUGGCCGAUUUCGGGUUGGUUUCGGGUUCGUCGCUUUCGGUCGGUCAGGGUUCCUCUGGUGGAACUGCUGAAGUUUCUCGGGGCAACUCAGGUUCUUAACUGGUUCCCAUGAGUUGUCUUCUGGCCCAAAAUCAAGCCAUUUGACCAGGUACUGCAGUUCUCCGUUGAUGAUGCGUGAAUCCAGAAUUUCUUCGACGUC